AUGUCCAUGAGAUUUGCCGCUGCCGUUUUGAUUGCCGUUGGCUGCAUUGGAAUCACGAUUGCAGACGAAUUCGAUGGCGAUGAGCCAUGGGAUGCAUUUGCACGUGAUAAGACGAAAUUCUGUCGGGAUAUGACACAGUUCGCACCGAACGACAUUUAUUGUGAACUGUUCUCGAAUUGCUGCAAUCAGAUGUAUGAUCCGUUAAACGGCGACAAGUGCCAAGUGAAACAACUCGAAUGCGAUUUGGAGCCGGGAGAGAGCAAACCGCGCGGAGUGUGCAAGUACAGAAAUUGCACCGAAUUGAUUACUACCACGACCACAACAACGCCGCAACCAAUUCUGGACGCCAUUAACGGAGCCACACAAGUCGUCUCUCUGCUCAGCUGCUUCUUGGUCACCGUCGCCGCAUUAUAUUAA